CAUCUCAAUUCUUUAUUUUUCAGUCCUACUAUUUUGACCGGGAUGAUGUGGCUUUGAAAAACUUUGCCAAGUAUUUCCUGCAUCAGUCCCACGAGGAACGUGAGCACGCUGAGAAACUGAUGAAGCUACAAAAUCAGAGGGGAGGACGCAUCUUCUUGCAGGACAUCAAGAAGCCAGAUCGUGAUGACUGGGAGAAUGGUCUGACUGCAAUGGAGUGUGCCCUGCACCUGGAGAAGAACGUGAACCAGUCACUGUUAGAACUGCACAAAUUGGCAACUGAAAAGAACGACCCACACUUGUGUGACUUCAUUGAGACUCACUACCUGGAUGAACAGGUGAAAGCCAUCAAAGAGCUGGGUGACCAUGUGACCAACCUGCGGAAGAUGGGGGCACCGAAAUACGGCAUGGCAGAGUACCUGUUUGACAAGCACACCCUUGGGGACAGUGACAACGAGAGCUGAAGCCUUGCCAAGAGCCACUCUGUGGGUUUCAGAGGGACUCCGACUUCACUGUCCAGCCAUGCAUGCAUCUUCAGCUUACCUAGAUAAACAGUUCUCAGAUUCUGUACCAAAUUAUUGCCCCUCUCUUUUUUUCUCUCGUGUUUUGUGUAUCACCCUCCAUCCAAUAAAGUGACUUGGUUCAAAUUGG